UUUGUGAUAGUAGGUACAAAUUAGUAAUGAAGUGAUUGAAGGAUUGAUCUGAGAAUAGUAUUAAGUAUUAACACUGUUUUUUCUAUUUAUCAAAUUAUAAAAUAUAAUUUAUUUUAUAUAAGAUAAUUAUUUUAUAUUUUGAUUUUGUGUGACAUAUAUUAAUAAACAACAAUGGCUCUCGCUAGCAUGCAAAGGAAAACCAAUGUACGAUUACCUCCAGAAAUUAAUAGGGUUCUUUACAUUAGAAACUUACCAUAUAAGAUAACUGCUGAGGAAAUGUAUGAUAUAUUUGGAAAAUAUGGUGCCAUUCGUCAAAUUAGAGUAGGCAACACCCCAGAUACAAGAGGAACAGCAUUUGUAGUAUAUGAAGAUAUAUUUGAUGCAAAGAAUGCCUGUGAUCACUUGUCUGGAUUCAAUGUGUGCAACCGAUACUUAGUGGUCUUGUACUAUCAGUCUACCAAAGCAUUUAAGAAAUUAGAUACAGAUAAGAAGAAAGCAGAAUUAGAAAAAGUUAAAAUGAAAUAUGGCCUCAGUGAAGAAAAUUAGAACUAAAUUAAUUAAUUUUAUUUGCAAACACUGGUUAAAGACAUAUAAUGUGUAUGGUAUUGAUUAACUAUAACGGAAUAUGUAUAUAAAUUUAAAUUAAGUUUAAAGAUUUGCUUGGAUUUGUAAUUAUAAUUUUUAUGUAUUUUAUUUUAAAUGUAUUCAACUAUAAUCAUUGACUAAUAAUUAUAGUUGACUGAGACUGUAUUGUGUCACUAAGAGUCAAGACAAGAUAUAUUUUUCAAUGUCUUAAUACCUAACCAUUUAUACCAAUAAAUCAGGAUUAAAAUUUUUAUCUACA